AUUGUUUAAAAGGAGUGUUUAAAACUAAUUUUAUACCUCAUAGUUUUAUUAUUUUAAUGAAGUUAAGUGGAGAUUAUGCCACACAGUUGAAAGAAGUUGUAAAAUAUUUUUUGAUGGAAAUCUUCAGGAGACAAUUCUCGGUUUCCAAUAUAAACUUAAACUUUAUCGCAGUUGUUUUUACAAAAAGUACCUACUUCUGGGUAGGGGAUAAUAACUACACCUGUAAAGAUUUGCAUUGUUCCUUUCCACUUAAAAAUAUUAAGGAUGGAGAUUGUUCUGGGACGACACUUUUGGGAGACCUGGAUUCUAUAUCAUCCGAAAUCGCAAACACAUUAGCAAGGAUUUAUAAAAGGGGGAUUUUUAUGAGCGUAAACAUAGAAGAACUGGAUUCUUCUCUCCUCGAAGAAUUCCAAGAAAAAUUAUUCGGACUAAUAUUUGAGCUCUUCCCGAGAAAGAAAAAUGAAAACAUGUAAAUAAAUUAAAAGAAUCGGACUAAUUGUUCUUAAUAUCAAAUUCAAAUGUUUUAUUCAGAUA